CGUUCAUCCCUCUUCGUAUCGCGCAUUUACCCGCGGUCCAACCGUCAAGAGGCAGCGACCGGUUCGCCGUGGUCCGUUGUUCGUUGUCCCUGGUUUCGUCAGGUCUGGUUCGUCACAUCUCUCUCGCGCGGAUCCCGACUCCGUGAUUCGAAGUAAUAUGACAACCGAUCCGGAACGCGCCGCCAAUACGAGCGGUACAGAUUCCAUAGAGGACGAAGACGAGAAUCAUCGCAAAAUUUUACGUAGAACUGAUGUGUUAGCUGCCCUUCGAGAUGGUAUGACUGCACCAGGAUUAGAGCAAAUGCAGUCUCUUCCUGCUCCCGUCAAGCGCAGGAUCAAGGCACUGAAACAAUUGCAACUUGUCACUACUAAUAUCGAGGCGAAAUUUUACGAGGAGGUCCAUGCUUUGGAAUGCGAGUACUAUAAGAUGUGCGCGCCGCUGUACCAGAAGCGGUGUGAGAUAGUGUCGGGCGCUUACGAGCCGACCGACGAGCAAUGCGCUUGGGAGAGCGACGAAGAGGACGAAACGCUAAGUAAUUAUAUGAAGGAGAAGGCGAAGAUCGAGGAUAAUGUAGAGAUGAAGGAAACAACGGAGAACGAGGAUGACGUUAAGGGCAUCCCAGACUUCUGGCUAACAAUAUUUAAGAAUGUAAGCACACUGUCCGAAAUGGUUCAGGAACAUGAUGAACCGAUCUUAAAGCAUCUCCAUGAUAUCAAAGUAAAAUUUCUGCCAUCGGAUCCAAUGGGAUUUGUCCUGGAGUUCUAUUUCACGCCCAACGAAUAUUUUUCUAAUUCAAUGCUCACUAAAGAGUACAUCAUGAAAUGUACUCCAGACAAGAACGAUCCAUUCAGUUUCGAAGGACCAGAGAUAUACAAAUGCAAAGGCUGCGUGAUUGAUUGGAAAAAGGGAAAGAACGUCACAAUAAAAACUAUUAAGAAGAAUCAGAAGCAUAAAUCCCGAGGAUCCAUGCGUACCGUGACGAAAACGGUUCAAAAUGAUUCCUUCUUUAAUUUCUUCAGUCCACCAAUUGUGCCAGAAGACUCGGAAGCUGAUAUGGACGAUGAUACUCAGGCUUUACUAACCAGCGAUUUCGAAUUAGGCCAUUACAUUAGAGAACGCAUAGUUCCUAGAGCCGUGCUCUACUACACAGGCGAAGGUUUAGAUGACGAGGACGAGGAUUACGAGGACGAGGACGAGGGGGAUGAUGAUGAGGAUGAGGAGGACGAGGAAGAGGAGGCCUCCUCUCCCGCUAACGCGCCUCCAGUUGAUGAACAAGCAGUCUUCGGUGGCAUUCUAAGUCCUCUUCUAAGUACCGAGUCAAUUAUAAAGUGGAGCAGACCGUAAUAAAUUUACAAUUAACAUAAAGCUGAACGUGUAAUCAUGCCAAUGGUAUACGACUUUUCAUAACAUUUUUUUAUAUUUGUAUUUAAAUUUUCAUAUGAACAUACUCUCAUGCAAUAUCAGAUCUGAUGAACACCUAGGUAUUUUGCGUUAGAAUGCGGCAAUUGUGCUGUGCAAUAUUGCACGUCAAUACGAUCGAAAACGUACAUACGUCAUCGAAACGAAUGUAUUAAUUACUGCGAAUGUGCGAUUAAAUUUCAUUUACAUGCAUUUACGAACGAUUGGUUGGAUAUAAAAAAAAGGCACGCGUGUUCUCAGUAGAGAGAAAUCCAAAAAAACGAUUUGCGUCAGGAGAGAAUUGACAAUGUAAUCUUGCACAGCGUAUAAUCUAAUAUUCCUGUAUAUAAUGUAAUAUAGGGAUAUAUAUAUAUAUAAAAGAUACCUUACUUUUCUAAUAAAACAAACUACGCAUUUGAUAUUAUGGUACCUAGAACGUUGUAAAUAAAUAACUGUACAAGGACUGAAAAAUUGAUCGAAAUAAUUAAUUGCAAAUUAAUUUUGCGGAAAUAUCAUCUCAAAUCGAAUAUGUCGUUAUUAUCGUUAAAUGGCGCGCACCUAACGAUAAAACGAUAAUAAUAAAUACAAAAUCGCGCUUACGAUUCUUAUUAUUGGAGCGGGUUACUUGCAAUCGAAUUUUUGGCCGUUUGCAUGUAUCGCGUUGUUGUUUUAAUCCUCUAAAAAGUACUUAUAAAAAUACAAUUUUUGAGAUUA